AUGAGGGCCUUUUUCGGCGGUGUGAGCGGCCGCAACAGCAGCAGCAGCAGCAGCAGCAGCAGCUGCUUCGAUUUGAGGCGCUGCGCGCUGUCGGCGCUGCUGCUGCUGCUGCUCUGCGCCCCUGCUGCAGCCCUCGGGCCCGGACUGCAGCAGCAAAUAAUAAGUGGGAGCAGCAGCUCUUUCCCUGAGGAGGAGAGGUCCUCGCUCUGGGGUGUACGUACACCCGAAGAGGCCGCUGCUGCUGCUGCUGCUGGCGGCGGCCCAGCAGCAAACCCCGCAGCAGCAGCAGCAGCAGCAGCAGCAGCGCCGCGAGCGAGCCUGCUGCAGCUGGGCCGGGGGCUGCUGCGCAGCGCGAAGUCGCGGCUGCAGCAGCGCCGCAGGGAGCGCCGGCGGCAGCAGCAGCUGCGGCGGCUGCUGCCUUUCCUCGCGCUGCAGCAGCACGGCCGUUUGGCCCUCAACUCCGAACUUGUGUCUAUUCAAGAAGCCUUAAAGGGGGAGUCUUUUGUGGGCCCCCGCGGCCGCCGCUACUUGGUGUCUUCAGUGUUGGCCUUUCGUCCUUUAUUUCUGUACUUGCAGGUGGAGGCCCCCUCGGGGGCCCCCGGGGAGGGUACUGGCGCGGGGGGCCCCCCGGGGGGCCCCCCGGGGGGCCCCCGGCGGGGCCUGCGCAGGGGCCCCCGCAAGGGCCGCGGGGGGGCCCCCGGGGGCCCCCAAGGGGCCCCCAGCUUCACCGUGAGGUUCCCAGUGACUGCUGCUGCUCCCGAAGACGUGUCUGUGGAGGAAGCAGCAAAAGAAGCAGCAGACGCGGAGCAGCAGCGGCUGCUGCUGCCGCGGGCCUUCAAAGUCUUUACUGUGAAAAGCAACGGACUUGGAAGACUGGAUGACAACAAAGAAAGGAAGUUUGUAAUUCAGUUUCUGGACACUCUCGUGGUGAACUCUGGGGAGGCUUUGGAGCCGCUGCUGGGGCCGCUUGCUGCAGUGCCUGCUGCUGCUGUGGGGCGCGAGCUGCGCGUACACCUCAGCAGCAAAGCAGCAGCAGCAGCAAGACAAGCUGUCCUUAAGAACGUUGUCUUGACUUUGGCCAACCCCACAAGUCUGUGGCUCACUCGGGGGGGGCAGGUCAAGUUUGCAGACACCAGGGGGGUCAUUUUCGGCAAGGCAAGGCCUGCUGCUGCUGCUGCUGCUGCUGCUGCAGCAGAACCCCACAAGCGACUCGCAGCAGCACUUGCUGCUGCGCUCCACAACUUGUGGUGCGCCCCAGAAACCCCCCCCCAGGCCCCCCCCCCGCGCUUCCAGCCGCCGCCCCCAGCAGCAGCAGCAGCAGCAGCAGCAGCGCAGCCAACUCCCCCAGCAGCAGCAGCAGCAGCGGAGCCAGCAGCAGCAGAAGAGGAAGCAGCAGCAGAGGCGAUGCUCCAAACCCAAGGCGACGCCCCCAUGCCUCCUGAAGAGCCCCAGCAGCAGCAGCAGCCCGAGCAGCAGCAGCAGCAGCAGCAGCAGCAGCAGCAGGAGGUGCCUGCAGCAGAGGAAGGCGAAGGCGAAGAGGAGAUGCUGGUGGAAGCAGCAGCUCCUGCUGCUGCUGCUGCUGCUCUCUCCCUCGAAACCUGCACAGACCCCAAAGUCAUGGAGGUCAUUAAGUUGCUGCUGGCGCCCCAAGGAAGCGAGCAGGCCAUUAUCAAGGCUUACGAGACCUUCAAGGCCAUGUGA